AUGUUCCUCGAAACCCAGGCAACCGGUUUUCAGUUAUCCGUAAAAUCGAGUCUCUCUCUCUCUCUCUCUUCUCCCCUGUGUUCUUCCUUCUCUCCGAGUGCUUCUAUGCUUCCUUAACAAAAACCCUACUUAUUCCGUAGCCGUUGAAGCCUUACAGGUUAUGUUCUUCAUGUCUUAAUUGCAGUAUUAGGUUUUUAAUUUAUCUUAUCAUGUUAGUUCUCUUUUCGACUUAAUGUAGUUUCAUUCAAUUAGAGACUCACAUGUACCAUCUAUCAAAUUUCUUCAAUCUAGGGUUUCAAUCGAGUAAGCUAUUCAUGUUUUAUUUGAAAUUUCGAUUACCUGUUGUAUUGGAUUGACUUUGUGGGGUUAUUUAUAUUUUCGUUCGAGCUCUGUAAAUCUUGUUUAUUAAUGGGUGAUGUGGAUAUACCUGCUUGGCUAGAAGGUUUGCCUUUGGCACCUGAAUUUCACCCCACAGAUACUGAAUUUGCUGACCCAAUUGCUUACAUAUCAAAAAUCGAGAAGGAGGCUAGUGCUUUUGGAAUCUGCAAAGUCAUCCCACCGUUGCCCAAACCUUCCAAAAAAUUUGUUUUUUCUAACUUAAAUAAGUCACUCUCUCGGUCCCCAGAAUUAAGCCCUAAUGCUAAUGCCUCAGCUAUUUCUCCUUCUGCUGAAAUGGGUUCCGGGUAUAAAGGGAAUGAUGGGGAUGUUCGGGCUGUAUUCACAACAAGGCACCAAGAAUUAGGUCAGAGCAUAAAACGAACCAAAGGCCUUCCUCCAGUUCGGCAGGCAUCAGUUCAUAAGCAAGUCUGGCAAAGUGGGGAGGACUACACACUGGAACAGUUUGAGUCCAAGUCAAAGGCUUUUGCUCGGACUCACUUGGGUAUGAUAAAAGAUGUGUCCCCACUUGUUAUAGAGGCAUUGUUUUGGAAAGCAUCUUCUGAGAAGCCCAUUUAUGUGGAGUAUGCGAAUGAUGUGCCGGGCUCAGGCUUUGGAGAACCGGAGGAACCAUUUUGGUAUUUCCAUAGGCAGAGGAGAAAUAGGAAAUUCUAUAAUAAACGUCGAGGAAGCAGUACUGCUAAGGAUCAGGAAAGGGAUAUUGUAAAUAGCUCUCACAAGGAUAUAGAGAAGGAUUCUCCUAUGAAGACUGAUUCUGAUCCAUCUUUGGGGAGUUUGAACCCCUCUUCAAGCUUAUCAACUCCUCUACUAGAUGAGGGUUCAAAGUUAUCGAAGCAAAAGAUUCCAAAUACUUGUAGUGACAGGGAAGGUACUGCUGGCUGGAAGCUUUCGAACAGUCCUUGGAAUCUACAAGUUAUUGCACGGUCACGUGGCUCACUUACUCGGUUUAUGCCAGACGAAGUCCCUGGUGUUACUUCUCCCAUGGUUUACAUUGGCAUGUUAUUCAGCUGGUUUGCUUGGCAUGUGGAAGAUCAUGAGCUUCACAGCAUGAAUUUUCUCCAUACUGGUUCUCAAAAGACUUGGUAUGCGGUUCCUGGUGAAUAUGCCUUUGCUUUUGAGGAAGUUGUUCGUGGCCAGGGUUAUGGAGGAAAUAUUGACCGCUUAGCUGCAUUGACACUCUUAGGUGAGAAGACGACUCUAUUAUCUCCUGAGGUAGUUGUUGCAUCAGGGAUUCCUUGUUGCAGGUUAGUGCAGAAUCCUGGCGAAUUUGUUGUGACUUUUCCAAGAGCUUAUCAUGUAGGAUUCAGCCAUGGUUUUAACUGCGGGGAAGCUGCUAACUUUGGAACUCCACAAUGGCUCAAGGUAGCGAAGGACGCUGCAGUGCGUAGAGCUGCUAUGAAUUAUCUUCCCAUGCUUUCCCAUCAGCAGCUGUUGUACUUGUUGACCAUGUCAUUCGUUCCAAGAGUACCUAGAGCCUUUCUUCCAGGGGCACGGAGUUCCCGUCUACGAGAUCGUCAGAAGGAAGAAAGAGAGCUACUAGUGAAGAAAGCAUUUAUAGAUGAUAUGUUGUAUGGAAAUACUAUAUUAUCGGCACUUCUGGGGAAAAACUCUGCUUACUAUGCUGUGCUAUGGGAUCCUGAGUCUUUGCCUGCCCCACGUAAGGAUCCUCAGUCAUUUUCUUUCUCCACCUCUCCUGAUGCCCCUAAUUUAGUGGUUGAUGAGAGAAGCACAGAAAUCUGCCAGUCUGAUAAGGGAACAUCUUUUCUAGAGAAUGUUCUUCACAAUGGUGCUGCUAAUGUUGCUACUAUUUCAAAUGGAAAAACGUCCUCUGUUGAUGGCAAGAAUGAGAAUAUUUGCAAUAAUCCGGUGGAUGAAACCAGAUUGUGUAUGGAAACGGCGGAAUUGUAUGUGGAUGAUGAUGAUUUGCCAUGUGGUUUACAUGUUGAUUCCGGAACACUGGCAUGUGUGGCCUGUGGUAUUCUUGGUUUUCCAUUUAUGUCUGUAGUACAACCUUCUGAGAGAGCAUUGAAAGAACUCUUUGCUGCAGAUGGUCAAUUGGUUCCAGAAGGCCUGGGAAUUUUAAGUUCUAGAAAGUUGCAUGCUUCUUCAAACCAGGAUGAUAGUGGCAAAGGUUCAUCAGGCGCUACAGAUAAAAAAGGUGAUAUAGAUCAAAAUCAAAAGGGGAGAUUGUCUUUGAACUGUGAGAAACAUAUUCGUGAAACAGAAGGCCCAAAAUCAGGGUCAGGUAUCCAAUUAAUAAAAAAUGGAACUGAUGCUAUUACUUCACUGUCAGACGCAACAGAGAAUGGAGAGUUGAAAGGGACUAAUUCAAAUCACCACCUAAGUGGGACAUUUUCCAGUGCCAAACUGAACCAGUCAAUGCUUGGCCAAACACAAGAUCUACAUAUUGGUCUCUCAACUUCACAAGCUCCUGAGGGUAGGCAAAUACCUUCUACAGUGAAGGCUGAUAUUCGUGCUGACAAGUGCUGGAAUACAUCUAAUGGAUUUCUUAGACCACGGGUCUUCUGUUUGCAGCACACCCUUGAGGUUGCACAAAUGUUGCACUCAAAGGGUGGUGCAAAUGUACUAAUCAUUUGCCAUUCAGACUAUCUUAAAAUAAAGGCACACACAGUGACCAUAGCAGAAGAAAUUGGCACUCCCUUUAAUUGUAAAGACAUUCCCUUGGAGCGUGCAUCCAUAGAAGAAUUGAACUUGAUUAAUAUAUCAAUAGACGAGGAAGAACAGGAAGAAUGUGUGGAAGACUGGACUUCAAAACUUGGUCUCAACCUCCACUACUUUGUUAAGCUCAAAAAGAUGUCUCCAUUGAGCCGAGAACAGCAUGCACUGACCUUGGAUGGGUUGUUCUCUGAAAUGAACCCUGGUCGAGACAUCUCAAGCGUAAAGUGGCAGUUCAGGAGGUCUCGCACACAUCGCAAAGCAGCAACAGGUUUAAGUAAAUCCAAAUUAUCUGAGAACUCUCAAAUGAAAAAUAAUGAUAUGAUUAUGGGACAAUCAGGUGGCUGCAAGGUCAUUUCAGAAAAUAAAAUUCUUCAAUAUUCAAGAAGGAAAUACCAUGCUGAUCUGAGUGGUACAGUGGAAGCUAGUAGGCCUCGUGGCCAUCCUAAAAGGAAUAUGCCAAGAGAUGUUUCAGAAACUAAUGAUGGGAACCUAGAUGUGGAUGGCAAAAAGGCAUCUGAAGACACUUACUGUCCUGCUGAGAAAGGAGGAAAAAGUGUUGUGGACUCGGCUGUUUUUUCUACUGUUGAGAACUCCAAUACGCUGCAAGAAAUCCAGCAAAAUGAGGAAGCCAAUAAGGUGAGAGAAUUUUGUGAUCCUGUGCCGGCUGCAGGUUUGACUGCUGGUAUCUCCAUAUUUGGAAUUUCAGAAGCACAGAUAGAUAAGCAUAAUGCUGAGGAUACUAACAUGGAUGGUGAAGCUUGUAAUUUGGUUACUCAACAUGGCUCUGAAAUGCAAUAUGACAUGUCUGCUGAUGAAACCAGCAAGAUGAGUAAGAGUUCUGAUUGCUCUAAUGAGAUCAGUCGGGUUUCUGACCAUAUAGAAUUUCCUGGUUCAUCAACAGUUUCCAUCCCAAGUGAGAGAAUUUUUAAAGCAAAGACAGACGAAGCAAGCACAAUUGACAAGUCUUCCAAUUAUAUGACACCAGAUAAGUCAGAAAUGCGGCAAGAUAUCCAAACUGCCAAUGGAACUGGCUCUGAUCUCAAGGUUUGUGUUCAUGCUAACUCUAUAGGUGAAUUUAGUCUUCCUAUUUCAAUGCUUGAAGAUUCUGAAGUGCCGGAAGAGAUCCAAGCUACAGAUGAACCUAAAGGGAGCGUGGAGAUUCAUUCUUCCCAGAGCAAUAUUGAGGAAGAUAUCCAACCCUCCAUUUCAGAGUCCAGGCCAAAUAGAAAAGAGGAAAAUAAAAGGAAAAGAGAAGUACAGAUAAUAGAAGACCAAUAUAUUUGCAAUGGAUUUAUUAAGAGCCCAUGUGAGGGAUUGAGGCCAAGGACCAGGAGAGUUGCAGUUUCUGGGAGUGGGCCCAACAUCAAGGGAAUGUUGGACGAGAAAGCAGUGACGAAGGUGAGGAGGCAGCAGGUUGGUUCAGCUGCUUGUAAAGAAAAUAAAGACAAAGUGCAGGGUGCUCACAGAUGCGACAUUGAAGGCUGCCGUAUGAGUUUCAAAACAAGAGCAGACCUGCUGAUGCAUAAACGAAAUCGGUGCCCACAUGAUGGGUGUGGGAAGCGAUUCAGCUCCCACAAGUAUGCGAUGCUUCAUCAGCGGGUUCAUGCUGAGGAGAGGCCCCUGAAAUGCCCAUGGAAGGGUUGCAAUAUGUCCUUUAAGUGGGCUUGGGCAAGGACUGAACACUUGCGUGUGCACACAGGGGAGAGACCUUAUGAGUGCAAGGUGGUUGGGUGUGGUCUUACUUUCAGGUUCGUGUCAGACUUCAGCCGACACAGACGAAAAACAGGGCAUUAUGUGAGCUGACCCUUCUCUUUCUUCCUUAUUCUGAUGGAUGGGGGUGGGGGUUGUUAAGGAUGACAAAUGUGUAGGUUAGUGGUAGAAAGGUUGGUUUUGGACUUGCUGGAGAGGACCAAAACGUUUGAUUCUAUGGUUGGUGGUGUAAUGAAACCUUGAAAGUUUGCAUGUUCCAAAAAAUGGUGUGGAUUAGGGAGGGCAGCAUUUUGUAGGAAUGUAUACAUAUUCGAACUAGGUGUUCCGAAAAGGAGAUGGAUGCAUGUCAUUUCUGUUUGCCCUUAAUGGGUGGUGGUCAUCUGUAACAGGUUAGAGUGACAGGAAUAUGAUCCGGCUGGGACUUGUGGUGUCCAUAUUGAUGUCUCACACAGAAAAGGGGGAUCGUGAUGACACAUGCAGGAUGAUCAUGACCUGGUUCCAUGGGCAUAG